AGAGCCAUAAAGUCACCAUAGGGAGGCUCCCCGACACUGAAACAUGGCCAGAGCAGGGCGAGGGGGACGUGGUUUGGGGCUUGGGUUGUGGGGUUGUGGGGGUGCUCUGUUCCCCAUAGCAGAGUCUCCUUGGUGAGCUCGGCGGUGCGGCGCUGGAGAUGUGCGUGCCCCCACUGCUUGGCAGGUGUUGUUAAUCUGGGGAACCCGAGGUGGGGAGGUGGGGGAUAAGGGAACCCUGAGGGUUGCGGGGCGAUGCGGUUGGUCUUUUGGGGGUAUUUUUGGGGUGAGGGAUUUCAACCUCUUUGCUCCGGGGGAGGAGAGCCAGGAGCACUGGGGAGGGAGUCUGUCACCCGAGGGGUGGCUGUCACUAUGGCACUAUGGCAUUGCAGCAAAAGAGUGAUGCUGUGAUGGGUAUUUGGGGCUCUAGGGUUGGCCAGCUGCCCACCCUGCGCAGAACAGGGGAGCCCCGGCAAAAUUUGGGGCUGAGCUGCCUGGGAAUGAGCAUCCUGGGGGAGAAGAUGGCAUUUGGGACCUUUGUGAGGUUCUGCCAACCCCACCAGGACCCAGAGGCGUUGGGGAAGCGGGUGCCACAUCCCUACCCAGGGGUACAGAGGGGAGCUACGGCCCCUCCGCACCCAAAGGGACGGGGAUCCCAGUGGGUGUCCCCGCUCUGGGGCCCUGUCCUCCUCCAGGGGACCCAUCCCGCUGGGUGCGGCAUCUCCACGGCCACAUCCCAGGAGAUGCCCUAGAAAACAGGUCGUGCUCGAACGUCUCUUUGAGGCGGCCUCCUCCCUGGCUGCCACCUCGGGGCUGGCAUCCCCGCUCCGAGAUCCACCGGGUGCCCCGGGACGGGCUGCGAGGUGCUCCAUCCCUGUCCCCCCCCCCCGUGUCGAGCCCAGCCCUGCCCUUCCUCGGGGACGCUCCGAGGGGUAAAUAAGCGCUUCCUCCAAUUCUUCCCAUUCAGAGCUCCUUCCCUUUCCUGCCUCCCUCCCGCUUCGGUGCAAGGAGCCGGUCCCAGAGCCGCGAGGGCGGGCACCGGCACCACGGGUGCCAUCGCCCAGCGUGGGGUCCCGGCACCCAGCACGGGGUCCGCAGCUCCAUGACCCCAAGCACGAAUGGCUUUGGCUUCUCCCCAGCUGGAGAGCUGCAACGUUCACAGAUCCUGACUCGUCCCACUCUGAACCCCAGUCCCCAGCUCAUGGUGGGUCGGGGGCUGGCGGGGAAGGGGCCGUAAUGCGGAGGAGGUCAGGGGAGAGGCGGCUCCCAGGCCCUCCGCUGAUCCCCGGAUGCCUCCAUCUCUGAACCGGGGCAGGAAGGAGGACUGAACACGGCCAAGCGCUGUCCCAGGCCGGAAGGGGGCUGGCGGGGGGCCGGGGCGUGCAGCGGGGACGCAGCUGUGCAAACAAGGACGCAGCGGCUCGGGCGGAGGGAACGGUGCCAAGCGCCUGCGUUUGCAGGCUCCAAAGGUUCUCCCUUGUGGUUAACGAGGGCGAGCUUGCCCAAGGGUGCCCCGUGGUGCGGGGGGGAGCCAGGUGCACCCCGUUCUGCUGGGGGGUACCGAAGGGUGUUGCUUGGCUGACAUUGGGUGCGAUGAGUCCGGACGCAACAGCCGGGUCGGGGGCUCGCAAGGAGCCGGUUUGGGUUCUUGGGGCGUCUCAGCCUCCCGCUGUGUUGAUAAACCCCAAAGAGCGACCUGAGGCUGCUGUCUGAGUGUCAGGAACAGAAACCAGCCGGGACCAACCCAGCCGGUCGGACUGCCCCCUCCAUGCGCCGGAGGAAGCUGCUAGCAGCAUUCCUGGGAUCGGAAUCAUCUGCGGAGCACCGGGCACGGGGACACGAGCGGCGACCGGGUCGGAGAGCCCAGGGGAGGGCUGCGGUGUCCCCACCGCACUGCCCGCAGCAGCUGGACGGAGCGAUGGGGAUGGACGGACAGAAGGACAGGCUGUAGGACUGGGAGAGCGGCGGGUGCUCCACGAUCAAAGGGCGGUGAGGCGCAAAGCUUCGUCAGAAGGCGGCUUCAUUAGCACUGGAGGCCCUCCAGGUCGCACUCAACAAUGUCGCUGUCCUCGCGGCCGCAGCGCCGAGUCCUCGUCGCCAAGAUCAAUAGGAGCCAGUCGUUCGCCGGGGUGAACUCGACAGCAGAGCGGCCCUUCAGCAGGAACCUCUCACCCUUCACGCCCACUGUCUCCCGCAAGACUGGCUCCAGGGUCAGUAGGAUGUUCUCAAUGUCCCACAAAUCCCCACCACCCAAGGUGCCUCAGCCCAGCCGCCUGGAUGAGGUGUACGAAGCACUCAAGAAGGGCCUGACGGCCUACCUGGAGGUCCACCAGCUGGAACUGGAGAAGCUCAGCACCCAGAUCCGUGAGUCCAAGAGGAAUUCGCGCCUGGGCUUUCUCUACGAUCUGGAUAAGCAAGUGAAGUCAAUCGAGCGCUUCCUGCGUCGCCUGGAGUUUCAUGCUAGCAAGAUCGACGAGCUGUACGAAGCCUACUGCAUCCAGCGGCGGCUCCGCGAUGGGGCCCACAACAUGGUCAAAGCCUACAGCACGGGCUCGCCGGGCAGCCGAGAGGCACGCGAGAGCCUGGCUGAGGCCAGCAAAGGCUACAAGGAGUACACAGAGAACAUGUGCCUGCUGGAGAGCGAGCUGGAGAGCCAGCUGGGAGAGUUCCACGUCCGGAUGAAAGGGCUGGCAGGUUUCGCCCGGCUCUGUGCUGGUGACCAGUAUGAGAUCUUCAUGAAGUACGGGCGGCAGCGCUGGAAGCUGCGGGGACGCAUCGAGGUGAACAGCAAGCAGGUGUGGGACAGCGAGGAGAUGGUUUUCUUGCCUCUCAUCACCGAGUUCCUCUCCAUCAAGGUGACGGAGUUAAAGAGCCUGGCCAACCACGUGGUGGUGGGCAACGUGUCCUGUGAGACCAAGGACCUCUUUGCAGCUCUCCCCCAGGUAGUGGCUGUGGAUAUCAACGACUUGGGUACCCUCAAACUCAGCCUGGAGGUGACCUGGAACCCCUUCGACAAGGACGACCAGCCCUCGGCAGCCAGCACGGUCAACAAGGCCUCCACGGUGAACAAGCGCUUCUCCACCUAUAACCAGAGCCCACCCGACACGCCGUCCCUGCGGGAGCAGGCUUUCUACAACAUGCUGCGGCGUCAAGAGGAGCUGGAGAACGGCACCGCUUGGUCCAUCUCCUCUGAGUCGUCAGAUGACUCCUCCAGCCCCCAGCUGUCCAGCAGCACUCGCCACGCCGCCCACAAGCCCAUCGUGCAGCCCGAGGUGCAGGCCUCGGCCCCCGCCAUCGAGAUCUCCUUCUCACAGCAGCAGGAGGAGACUGGGGCUGGCGGUGGCAUCCCCAGCGGGACAGAUCUGCCCGGGCCCCCAGAGGAGCAGAACAGCUGCAAGAAGGAUGCGGUGGCCAACGGGCACGUGCCCUACACCCGGACUCUCAGCCACAUCAGCGAAGCCAGCGUGGACGUGAGCAUGGAGGCCAAGGCCAUGGAGAGCCCUUGGGAACCCUCUCCCAGCCUGGAGGAACACGAUGCGGGCAAGAUGGACGAUGACUCCCUCCCUGGUGCCUCGAAUUCGGUGCCAGCGGCCUGGGCAGGGCAGGACAGUGGCCCCGAGGCCAAACCACGUGCCAUGGUGGCAUGGGCUGAAACAUGUGAGGUGGAGGCUGAGCCGGCGGCGAGCCCAGCACCAGCGCAGGACGUUUGUGGAAGCGAGGCCCCCACGCCGGACGUGCUGUUGGCACCGGCCCCCACACAGGAGGGGCCUGCCCCAGCCCCACACCUGGCCACCAGCCCCCCAGUGGCCCCACGGGUGAAGGCCGUGGACUCGGGGUUGGAGGAGGCCAUCAGCCUCCUGGCCUCGGCCCUGGAUGACUAUCGGGGACAGUUCCCAGAGCUGCAGCCCCUGGAACGGGAGCUCAAACACCUGGAGGAGAUCCUGCUGCGCAAGCAGGGUGUGUUCCUCAGCCGGGCCUCCAGCAUCAGCCUCACGGUGGAGCAUGCUCUGGAGAGCUUCAGCUUCCUCAACACCUCCGACAUGGAGGACUCGGAGGGCUCUGAGGAAGAGGCUCUCCAGGAUGAGAGGAGGGCCAGCAGAGCGCGGCGUGGAAGCAGAGCUCCCAGCACUGGUGAGGUGGGAGCAGAUGACACUGGAACGUGCAGCGGCUCCGAGGGCAGCGCUGACCCCAUGAGCACGGGCAAUGAGUUCCUGGAUAAGGCCCUGGUGCUUCACCUCCACAACUGCAACCACCUGCUGCUGAGCCUGGGCACCUUUGGGCCACUGCGGUGCCGGGAGAUGUUCGCCCUGGACAGGCUGCUGCGGGAGGCGCAGGUGCUGGAGAUCGUGUGCCAACUGAUGGAGGAGCGGUCGGAAGCAGCAGGCUCUGCUGCCGGAGUGGUGCAGUUCUCAACGCGGAAAGAAGGGGUGCUGCCCCUUUGGGACCGCUGCGUGGAGCUGCCCAACGUCUACACCUGCCCCGUGGAGCGGUUCCUGCAGGUGCUCAGUGCCCAGUACGCAGCGCCCAUCAGCGAGCGGCACCCGGGACUGGCUGAUGCGGUAUGUGUGAAGCUGGUGGAAGAAGUGCUGAACCGGAGGCUGCCACGGCGGCCCGGCGGCACCCAGGGCGAGCAGGUCACCAUCUUCCAGUACUGGAGCCACUUUGAGUCCCUCGGAGCCCUGGUGCUCGACACCUAUGUGAUGGAGCUGGCGGAGGAAGUGCUGCUGGCGCAGAACCUCAACUCGGACGACCAGGACGUGGUGCUGCGGGCACUGAAGCGUGUGCCCGAGGGCCGCCUGAAGAAGGAAGGGCUGAAGGCGCUCAGCUUGCUGCUCGUAGAAGGCAACAGCAAGGUGGUGAGCGCCGUGUCGGCACAGCUCCGCAGCCUGGCAGAAAACCCUCGCUUCCGCCAACGGGCCCUCGUGUGCUUCCUGGGCCAGCUGGAGGAUGAGGAGGUGCAGACGCGCGUGGCCGGGUGCGCGGCGCUGGGCUGCCUCAAGGCCAAGGAGAGCAUCGAGCAGCUGAUUUACCUGUGCCAAACCGACAAGGAGCCUGUGCGGGAGGCAGCCAAGCAGAGCCUGAUGCUGUGCGGGGAAGACGGCAAAUCAGCGCACCGACGCCUGGAGGAGACCCUGGACAGCCUCCCGCGGAUCUUUGCACCAGCCAGCAUGGCCAGCACAGCUUUCUGAGACGCCGCACAGAGCCACCCGCCCGCCAUCCCUCGAGGGCAAAGGCUCCGCUGGGCCGCACACGGGCUCGCACGGACCGGGCCCAGCCGACGGCCCCGCUCACAGCAGCACCGCAGCAUCACCCCGCCGGCCGCACACUGCCUUACGGAGCACCGCUUCCCCCGCCCCGCGCAGCGGCCACGCGGGGUGCCACGCACGCACCCCCGGGCGAGGAGGGGCUCGCUGCACACCCCACCCUUGGAAUGCUAUUGAAAACACACAGGGAAGCCCACCCUUCGUGCUACAGCUGCUGGGAUCGGAGCGGCAGGGAGACGCAGCGGGUUCCUCGGCCUCGUGGCCUCCUGUCGCUCAGGGGCACGUGCCCUACCCUGGAAGGACCCGCGCUUCGGAAGCGAUGCUGUUUCUUUCCAGAAGUCGCCUGGGCUGGGAGGGAACCGCUGCCCUUCGGAAGUCCCCCAGGACUUCAAUAAAACGAGAUAUGAGAUAUUAAUAUAUUCUGCUGGCCUUUCUUCUUUCCAGCUCCGCAUGCUCCUGUCCCUCCCCGGCGGUGGCUGCAGGGAGGCACGGCCCCAGCCCACGGCCCUUCCCCUCCCAGCUGUGGAGGGCAGGGGCAGGAGGAGCGACAGAGGGACAGACAAGAGGGACAGACGGACACUGCCACCUUCUCCCUUUCGUUGUCGUUCGUUUUAUUUUAUUUUUUAUUUACAGAUGUUUUUUUGGUUUUUUUUUUUUUGCAGAAAAAAAAAAAAGCGCAACAAAUUCUUUUCUAUAAUGUCUCUAUAAAUCUAUAUAUAAUGUAAUUACAGAGGACGACUAAUUUUGAUUUUAAAGCAGAAAUAAAAAGCAAACCUUUCGUGA